UGUUGCAAGUGAAGUUCGCAAGUGAAGUUUGCAAACACAUCGGCAUCACAAAUCAUCCACGGUGAAACAAAGCGCAUUUCUGGAAACUUUUAAAGUUUGGGUCGCAUACCGAUUUUUUAUCUGUGUAUUUGGUGUUUACAUCUACAUCAAUAUCAUCCAACACAUUUUAUUCAACGGGAAGAAUAAUAUUUCAACUACUUCUUUUCUCUUUCUUUCUUUCAUCCUUCACGUAUCGCAUUACGAUAUAAUAGAUCUCUUCAUCAAUCAAUUAUCACAAGAAACACAGUAAUAAACAUCCUCACCUAGCCAACCAUGAGGACGGAUCUCUGGACCGUAGCACUGCUACUCUUCUCCUCCACUCCCUCAUUUGCGCAUCCGCAAUACAUUCCCUCUGCAGAAUUAAUCACACGCGAUGCAAACGCACAACCUGUAGUCGAAGCCGAUGAAUUCACAUACUAUUCGCGCGAGGAGAAACGGGGUGGCGAUUUAUUCAAACGCAAGGGUGGAGGAGGCGGUGGCGGUAAGGGAGGAGGUGGAAGUUCGAGCGGUGGCAGUAGUAGCAGUGGAAGUAGUGGAAGCAGUGGAAGCAGUUCUUCAAGUUCUGGUUCUUCGUCCGGGAAAGGAGGUGUCACAUCCUCUUCCUCUUCGUCGGGUGGCGCUACGAAAGCUGGCUCGGGUCCCGCGCCUGCUUAUGGUGGGGGGAGAUAUUAUGGCGGAGGAGCAACAACACCAUAUUCCUCCGGAGCUCGUUCACCUCUCGGAAUCGCCCCUGUCUUCCUCGGUUUGGGUGCCCUAUCCAUCUUCCCCGGUCUCUGGCUCUACGGCGCCUACAGCUAUCCAUACCACAACCCCUAUUCCUUCCGCAACCACUCCGCUACCCGCAACGGCACCAACACUACAUCUGCCUCUAUCGAAACUCGUCAAGAUUCAGACACCACGGGUGUCAACCAGACAAAACCAGUCACAUGUCUCUGUGCUGCAUACAGCGAAUGCGGAUGCGACGACAGUGGAAACUCGACAUUCCUGGACCAGAUAAUCGGAGAUGGAAGCUACGCGGCGUUGAACAAGUCGCUGGUUAAUGUCGCGGAGGUUAAUGGUACAUCGACGAUUCUUAUCAAUGGUACGUUGCCUAAUGGAACGACUGCGAGUGGCGGGUCGGAUUCAGCGGCUGGGAGGACGAUAGUAGAGGGUUUGGGAUGGUGGGUUAUGGUUGCGACGGUUUUCGCUACUUGUUUUGCUAUCUGAUUUUCUUUCUGAAGAUUUGGGGAAUCAGAAAAAAGUAAGGAAUAAGUCAAGAUAACCUAGGAAUUGCUUUCCCAGUACACUUGCAAGCAAAGCAGUUCAGAGAAGACACGGAAUUUCAUUGUAUAUUUUCAACACGAACAUGGGCGGUAUCAUUCUUCUUUCUGGGCGUCUCAAAAACGAUGGGAAGGAAAUGGAAUGGAUUGGAUUGAAAUAAAUUGGGAGGAUACGAGAUGAAUUUAUGACCCCCGAUACGUUUGUAUUAUUAGUACUUAUGAGAUAAUGGCGGUUUGGGGGUAUAUUGAUGGAAGGAUGAGGGAUGAGGGAUAAAUAUAUCCCUCAAUGAAUAUAAUACGGGGGUAAAGUGAGUAAGGCAGUAAAUGCUAAGAUAGGCAAUGGUCUUUAGAUAAUACAAAUUGUGCGUUUUAUUUCUCGA